AUGGAGCCGUCUACAUCACCCCCAAUGGACCGAGUGAAAUCUAUCACUUAUACUUGGCCCCAGGAUAUCCAACUUCAAGCCCCAUACUGCCUCCUACAAAUACCACCACCCGAUAACGCCGGGCGACCAAUCAAAGACAUACUUGGGCCAAGUCUCGACCCGACGUACACGAAAACCAAGAAACCGUCCUGGAUCUCCCUGCCACAAGGAACAAAGGAUGUGAUCUGUAAGGUAAUGGAAACCAUAUUCUUUGAGAAAGCAGCACGGGGGCUUUGUACCCUCGAUCGGUAUACUUCAGACUGGCAGAACUUUACAUCGGUAGAGCAGGCUACUGGGAGCCUAGAUUUCGAACCAGAAGCCAUCCUCGACUUCUUCAACAAAGAAUUCAUGAUAUACUUUGACGAAGGGGCUUCCAAAACGACGAAGUUUGACAAACGCCGCUAUGGAAAGUUUGGCCAGUAUCUCUAUCGCGCUUGGCUGAAACAACACCAGGGCCGACCACUAUUCCAGCGUGGAGGGUUCUUCGCAAAGCCGAUGCGAUUUGGUGGGAACGGGAUAAAGCACUUGUCGUAUUAUCAUGGACAGCUCUCCGCGAAGCUUGCAGCCGAGUUGGACACCCGUUUGCAGUUCAAGAUGUGUCCUUCCAUACUAGAAGAAGUGGCACAUUGGCGACCACUACCAAGUCCCAAGAUACAAACUUUUCGACAACACGGUUACCUGAUGCGCCCGUUGUUUCGUGCAUUAUGUAUGGUGCUCGACAACCAAACAAUCCCAGACGUCAUUUCCCGUCCUGUCCGGCGCGAAAAUGAAGAAUACUUCGCCUGGCGUCAACGCCGCUGUGUUCACGAGAUAUCUCAGUACUCCGUCCUGCUAGUCAGAACAGGUGACGAGGAGACGUUAUCAUCACCAAUCAGCUUUCUUUCGCUUUUGGAUUCUGGACUUGCUCUUGAUGUUAAUCGUGCAGAUUACCAGGAUGGCGUCGAACCGAUGGCCGUGCGAGUCAGAUUAGAUACCGCCAUCCAAUUCAUUUGGGACAUUCUGGAGAGAGAACGAAAGGCUUCCAAAGAGGUUGAUAAGGUGCACAAGAGACUGUUGUGCGAGCAGAAUGAAUACUGCCAACUUUGGGUUUAUCGCCUUAUUGCCAAGUGCAAGGAGUUUGGUCUGGAUUGUGAGCAGGCGUCAUGGGUCGCCACUCAACGAGCAUUGGCGAAGGUAAAUGGCGAGGCUUGUGAUGAUCAGGUAGAGCCCUGGUGGAAUAUGACGGACCGUUGGAAGAUGUUGAAGACGAUUUAG